AGACUGCGUGGUCAGUAGUAGUGGGUUUCAGUAGGCCUUUAAGAGGAUGUUGUAAUGCGAUGGAUGACAUACAGUACAUGUCUGAGCUUAACAUGCCUGCGAACAUGCUGAUGGUCAUCAAGAAGUUACCGUAUAAGCUGAGAGACCAAUGGAGGACGGAAGCUUGUGAUAUUCAAGGGACCCGUUCUCGAAGAGCUACUUUCCCUGACAUUGUCAGUUUUAUUGAACGUCAGGUAAAAAUUGCAACAGACCCUAUAUUUGGAAAUAUACAGGAUACUCCAAAGACAAUGCAAAGCAAAAAUGGCAGCAACGAUGGCUAUCAGCGUCACACACGAAAUCAAGGAAGUUUUGCUACUACAGUAACAUCAGUUAAUGGAAAGGCCCAUGCGAAAAAGGUCGGAGCCCCACUGGACAAAAGGACCUGCUUGUACUGCAAAGGUGAACAUGCGUUGGAGGUGUGCUCUCUAUUGGUAGAGAGGGCACAUAAUGACAAGAUCACUUUUUUGAAAGAACAUGGAGUUUGCUUUGGCUGUCUGUGCAUAGGGCACAUAAGUAAGGACUGCAGGAGGCGACUGUCAUGCAAAACAUGUGGAGCUAAACACCCUAGGGGCGAAAGACUAAUGGAACCAUCUAGUAGCUGGUUCCAUCCGCAGUGUCCCCCAGGACAGCAGGCUCGAGGAUUGCAGUUCUCUUGCUCCUUGUUACCAAAGAACAAGGAGCAAGAGAAGGAUCUAGCAGUUGCAGCAGGUACAAACACAGCGGUGGGCAGCUCUGUGGUAACAGUGCAAGGUAGUGGUCUCACUGGGGCCGGUGACCAUGGCUGUAAGCUUUCCAUCGUGCCAGUAAAGGUCAAGUCCAAAAAGGGUCACAAGGCCGUGGAAACUUAUGCCUUUCUGGACCAAGGCAGCUCUGGCUCCUUUUGUACAUCAAGUCUGUUGAGAAAGUUGAAUGUUUCAGGAAGAGGAACUAAAAUUAUCUUACGCACUUUGGGCCAAGAAAAGAUUGUAGGAUGUUGCAUUGUGCCAGAUCUGGAGGUAGCCGGUCUGGAAAGUGAUCUCUACUGUGACUUGCCAGAUAUAUUUACACAGAAGAAAAUGCCUGUGUGCAGGAGCAACAUACCCCGGGAGCAGGAUCUGGUCAGAUGGCCAUAUUUGCGUGGAGUACACCUACCUGAAAUUGAUGCAGACAUUGAACAGAGCUGAGACCCGGGGUGGACCGCUCGCCUGUGCAUCGGUUGGGGACGUGUCUGCGCUACUGACCUGUCUCCGCUCGGGAUGGUCUUCUGCUGGCCCCACUAUGGACUGGACUCUCACUGUUAUGUUGGAUCCACUAGGGACUGUACUUAGAGGGGGGGUUACCCACAUAUGCGAAACCCCAAGGUUUCACCGAGUCAUUCACAUUGACGUCCCUUGUGUGGGCUCUGUGCCGAGGAUGUCGUUGUGGCUUGUGCAGCCCUUUGAGACUUUUGUGAUUCAGGGCUAUAUAAAUAAACAUUGAUUGAUUGAUUGAUUGAACUGUUGAUCGGCUUAAAUGCACCAAGAGCUCUUGGCCCAACAAAGGUGAUUCCAAGCGAAGAAGAAGGGCCAUACGCUGUUCAGACCAUGUUGGGAUGGACUGUCAACGGGCAAAUGUUUGGUGAAGCAGACUUGGAACAACCCAACAUCACUGCUAACCGCAUCUCUGUGGUGAAAUUGGAUGAACUGUGUCAUGCUUAAAUUGGUGUAAUUUUGAUAUUUUUAUGGUGAUUGGAUGUUUUGUAUAAUCACCACAAAGUUCCGUGACCUUGUCUGUUGACAUUUUCUGUUGGUUAGAUUUUUUUUUUUUGUACCAUGACUAGGGAAGGUUGUUUGCACUAGGUCAUAAAAGUAAAUGUUGCACAUGGUCUUACUCAGAGCAUAAUUUAAGGUAAUUAACCUGAAGAACUCAUGUUGUUCACUAUGUGGCGACAAAAAGUAGCAUCAAAUUUGCCAGACUUUUAAAAUGACUGCAAUCUCCCUGCGGGCAAGAUUACUUUUUAAACUCAUAACGACUCUUUGUGGAUCUAACAAAAUUGGUUUAAUUUUGAUAUUUUUAUGGUGAUCGGACGUUUUUUUUUAAAUAAUAUCCACAAAGUUCCGCGACCUUGUCUGUUGACAUUUUCUGUUGACAUUUUCUGUUGGUUAGAUGUAUUUAUUUUUGCACCAUGACUAGGGAAGGUUGUUUGCAGUAGGUCGUAUAAGUAAAUGUUGCGCAUGGUGUGAUUCUUUGUGCAUCUAAUGAUUCCAACUGAUUGCGAUUCCUGUAAUGAGGAUUUGAUUCAGAGUCGAUUCUUGAUUCAAACCGAUUCUGGCAAUGUUUUAUUGGACAUAAUAAUUAUCAUGAAACUUUCUCAAAACAGGUUCUGGUUGCAUUGAGAUGGCCUUAAACCCGGACACACCUUGACAGAAGUCUUCAGGACAGGUGGUGUCCAGGCUGUGAGGUAGAGGAACAAGGUAAAGAUCAUACCUCCUCAGACGUGGAAUAACUGUCCCACCUCAGAAAUGUCUCAGAGGUACUCCAGGCCGAGUCUCCCGAGACGGUCUGAACUUCGAUGGCGAUGGG